ACUAGAGUGCAGCCAUGGAUAGUUCAAGAAGGAACAUUGCCCUCUCUUGCUUUUCUUCAGCCCUAUUUAGGAACUCCUAGUCAGAAUUCCCCUUUACUGUUUAUUCUCUGGCUAUCUGGCUCCUACCCAUUACUUCUCAGAUAGAGGAAGGGGGUAGACAAUUGGGUUGUUGGGUAGGUGAGGUUAUGUGAGCUUCAAGGAAUUAAUAGACUAAUAGCUGAGGAGAGAGAAAUCUGUUAAGGGGAAAAUAGAAGGCAAGAAAAGAAAGCGGGCAAAUCGUGGAAGCAGGAAUGUGGUAAGCCAUCUAAUUGGAGUGACAUGUCAUCUGAUGGAAUUUGCCAUUUGGUGAAAAGUGUCAGAUGGUGAAGGAAGAGGAGACACAGAAAUGAUGCCACAGGAGACAGCUCCAGUUCCUUCUCUGUUGAAGAAAACCAAACAGCCUACAGAAUGUUUCUUGAUACAACCAAAGGAAACAAAAGAAGAUGCCACCAAGACCAGAAAGAGGAGGAAGAAAAAAAUUACUGAUGUUCUUACAAAAUCAGAGCCCAAACCAGGGACACCUGAAGACCUACAGAAGCUGAUGAAGGACUAUUACAGCCACACUCGCUCAGUGAUUGAAUUAGAGGAACUAAACCUGCCAGACUCCUGUUUCCUCAAGGCUAAUGAUUUGACUCAUAGUCUUUCCUCAUACCUAAAAGAAAUCUGCCCUAAGUGGGUAAAACUUUGGAAAAACCAUAGUGAGAAGAAAUCGGUCCUGAUGCUGAUCAUCUGCAGCUCUGCCAUCCGAGCCCUGGAGCUCAUGAGGUCAAUGACAGCAUUCAGAGGAGACAGCAAAGUUAUGAAAUUAUUUGCAAAACACAUAAAGGUCCGGGAGCAGGUAAAGCUGCUGGAGAAGCAUGUCAUGCACCUGGGUGUAGGAACUCCAGGGCGGAUUAAAGAGCUUGUUCAACAAGGUGGCCUUAAUUUGAACCCCUUAAAGUUUCUGGUUUUUGACUGGAACUGGAGAGAUCAGAAGUUGAGGAGGCUGGUGGACAUUCCCGAGAUAAGAAAAGAGGUUUUUGAACUUCUGGAAAUGGGAGUCCUUAGUCUGUGCAAGUCAAAAUCUUUGAAGCUGGGCCUUUUCUAAAUCUGGGUCCUAAUGAAAAUCCGUUUUCAUGGUGGGCUUUGCAUGUAGUUUAAUGGCUCUGGUACAUUGCAAGCACUCAGUGAAUACCAGGUAUUGUUUUAUUGUGUCAACUGCGUCACCAGAUGGAUCACUGGGAAUGUGUCAUGGAGACUCUUUGACAAAAAUGAAGCUGUCCUUCAUCAACUCCCUUGUAUAAUAAAAUAUCACUGGUUUAUGUGUGA